UACUCGUUCAGCACCGUGGACAGCGACUCGCGCUUGACUGCAGGAGACCCAGAGAGCGCGAGACGAGGGCUGUCAACCGAAGACUGGAGAUCUCCAUUGACUGAAGGCUGCACCCGCGCAACCCUGUCUUUGCUCGUGGGCAUUUUCGUCGGUCAACGGCUCUUUUUGUCAAACUGGUGGGGGAAGUCUCGUGCUCCUAGUUUGACGGUGCUAUCUUAGCUUCGUAAUACAUCGAUUCCCUGAUUCGAAACUGAUUUUUUAAAAGCUCCUCUAGCGCUAACUGUAGUUACAGGCGGCUGCUACACUAAUCAAAUUAGACAUUCGUGCCAGAUGAGCGUAGCCUACUUGUGUUCUGUGCCAGAGAUGUGUGAAUGAAUGAUGUUUUAACUUGGGUGUAAUUGUGAGCUCCGGAAGAGGGAUGAAGUUGGUGAGUUCCCUUUCUGGUCGUGGCUUCGAUGCCCAGUAGACCUCCUCCACCAUCUCCACUCCUCCACGUUAUCCGGCUCAGCUUUUUCUUUUUCUCACUCUUUUCUUUUCUACCGUGCAUCUGCAGCUCGCGCAGCGGGUCCUGCCGCAGGAUGCGGGUUCGUUGUAACUGGCUGAAUUGCUCUGGAAAAUAAACAAGAAACGGGCGCGAGGGCGAGCAAGCCGUAGCUACCAGAGUCACAGCCUUUAAAAUCCUCCCGACCGAGCGAGGUCUGCCUGUCCGCGCGAUCUAUGCGCGUUUAACCACAGUGACUGCUGCUCGCCAUUCACAGAAACACAAUUCAGAAACGCCUAUUAGCACCAUGAAGAAGUUUCGUAAGGUGCUGGACGGUUUGACCACCUCCUCUCCUGCGAGCACUGGCGGAUCGCCCUCGUGCGGCAGUGCCGCUGGGACCCCCACUGCAGCACCGACCCCGCGGGAGAUCGACAUCCCGGAGACGCUCAUGUCAGAAAACUUCCAGAUUUGUAAGACGGUGCGUCAUGGCUUCCCAUAUCAGCCAACUGCUGUGGCCUUUGAUCCAGUGCAGAAGAUUCUGGCCAUCGGCUCCCGCUCUGGAGGAGUGCGCAUUCUGGGUCAGCCAGGAGUGGACAGCUUCUGCCAACACGAGAGUGGAGCCACCGUGCUUCAGCUGCAGUUCCUCAUCAAUGAGGGGGCGCUGGUCACCGCCUGCGCAGAUGACACCCUACACCUGUGGAACCUUCGACAGAGACGGCCAGCCAUCCUGCACUCCCUCAAGUUCAACAGGGAGAGGAUCACUUUCUGCCACCUGCCCUUCCAGAGUAAGUGGCUGUACGUGGGAACGGAGCGUGGAAACACCCACAUCGUCAACAUCGAGUCCUUCGUCCUGUCCGGCUACGUCAUCAUGUGGAACAAGGCCAUAGAGCUAGCAACCAAAACACAUCCUGGCCCUGUGGUGCACCUGAGUGACAGCCCAAAAGAUGAGGGGAGGCUGCUGAUUGGCUUUGAGAGUGGGACCAUUGUCAUGUGGGAUCUGAAGGCCAAGAAAGCAGAUUUCAGAAUCUAUUAUGAUGAGGCCAUCCACUCGGUGAGUUGGCACCAUGAGGGGAAGCAGUUCAUGUGCAGUCACUCAGACGGGAGCCUCAGCAUGUGGAACCUGCGCAACACAGCCAAGCCCUUCCAAGUCACAUUUCCACACGGUAAGUCGCAGAAGGAUGUCAGAAAAGAGUCCUGUAAGCCCAUCCUGAAGGUGGAGUACAAAACCUGUAAAAACAGUGAGCCGUUUGUCAUCUUUUCGGGUGGUCUGUCGUAUGACCAGGCAGGCCGGAGGCCGACGUUGACCAUCAUGCACGGCAAAGCCAUCACCGUGCUGGAGAUGGACCACCCCAUCGUGGAGUUCCUGGUGCUGUGUGACACGCCCUACAUCAAUGAAGUACAAGAGCCUUACGCAGUCGUUGUCCUGCUGGAGAAGGAUUUCAUCGUUGUAGACCUGACACAGAGCAAUUUCCCCAUCUUUGAGAACCCCUACCCCAUGGACAUCCACGAGUCCCCGGUCACCUGCACGGCCUACUUCUCCGACUGCCCGCCUGAUGUCAUCCCAGUACUCUACUCCAUAGGGGCCAAACACAAGAAGACCGGCUACAGCCACAAGGAGUGGCCUUUGAGUGGGGGUACUUGGACUGUUGGAUCCCAGUCCUACCCUGAAAUCAUCAUCACAGGGCAUGCUGAUGGAACUAUCAAGUUUUGGGACGCCACAGCCAUGACUCUGCAGAUGUUGUACAAGCUAAAGACGUCCAAGGUGUUUGAGAAGCCCCGCGUGGCGGAGGGUUCGCGGGCGGCCGAUCUGGCCGAGGAAGACCCGUACGCUGUCCAGAUGGUGAACUGGUGCCCACAGAGCCGCCUGCUCUGUGUGGCAGGCAUCUCCGCCAACCUCAUCCUCUUCCGCCUCAGCCGUCACGAGGCCAACACCAACAUCACCGCUCUGGAGGUGCGUCUGCACUGUGAUAUGGAUGAUGUCAUAUCGCCGUCGGACACUGAGAACAAUCCCAGUCUCACGGAGACCAGUGGCCACUCCCCCCAACCCCCACCGAGCCCCCGGCCCACCACACCUGAUAGCGGCAGAGACAGCAUUGCCUGCCUCAAGGUGAAGGAGCGGGUGGUGCGGCUGCCUGCUGGGUACCAGGCUGAGCUGGUGGUUCAGCUGCAGUGGGUGGAUGGGGAGCCUCCUCAGCCAAUCACAAGCGUGGACAUCAACUCUGCCUACGGCCUCCUGGCUCUAGGGAACUGUAAUGGGCUGGCGGUGGUGGACUACCUGCAGAAGACGGUGCUGCUGUGUAUGAGCACUCUGGACCUGUACGGACCAGCUGACCCCUUCCAGCGCCUCACACACUCCCCACGCAAGAACAGGCAGUCCACCUCAGACCUGUGCAUGCGCGGCCUGUCUAACUUGUAUUCCGACUCAAAGAAACGGAUCCGCACGUCCUACCAGAGCCUUACGGAACUCUCCGAUAACCAAGUGUCUCUGGACAUGGAGCGCAGCAAGUCCCCAACCUCAGAUCAUGUGAAUGGUCACUGCCCGAGCCCCGUGUCCUCCCAGCAGGCCGGUGUGGGGGGGCGGGGCCGAAUGCCGGGUGCGCCGGCGGGGGAGGGGCCUCGGCUGGCCCGCAGGGGCCCUGGCAGACCGCCCUUCCGAAAAGCCCAGUCCGCCGCAUGCAUGGAGAUCUCCCUGCCUGUCGCUACGCACACCGAAGAGAGCAGGGAGAACUCGUUCAGUCGCUCUCGGAGCUCCAGCGUGUCCAGUAUUGACCGGGACACUAAGGAGGCGGUCAGUGCGCUGCAGUUCGGCGAGUCGUAUGGGCGUAAGGGGGACGCGCUGCCCACGCCGUGCCUCUGGGUCGGGACCAGCCUGGGCCUGGUGCUGCUCAUGCCCCUGUCCAUCCCCACCGACGACCAGGAGCGCAUGGAGGACCCCGUCACUGUCGCACCACCGGUGGGCACGGUGUUGAUGCUAAAAGGUUCUGUGCUGCGCUUUGCCUUCCUGGACUGCGGGGGCGCUGUGAUGCAGACACCGUACGAGGUGUGGCGCGACCCCAACGCGUCCCGACGACCCCCGAGCGGCCGCGGCGGCGCAAGCUGGUCAACUUCUCGCCGGGCUCGUCGCAGGAGGCCAGCGCGGCAGGGCCAGCUGGCCGUGGUGUGCUCGGAGCGGCAGGCCAAGGUCUUCCUCAUGCCCUCACAGGCCUGCCUCUACGUGCACAACAUCACCGAGGCCUCCUUCGUCAUCCGCGCCGACAUCGUGUCCGUCUCCGCCAGUAUCUGCCUCGCCUGCUUCCUCGCCAACGGACACGUCAUGACCCUCAGUCUGCCCAGCCUGCGGCCGCCUGACGUAAACUACCUGCCUCUGACGGACAUGCGCAUCGCCAGGACGUUCUGCUUCAGUCACGGAGGGCAGGCCCUCUACCUGAACUCCCCCACCGAGAUCCAGCGCAUCACCUACAGCCAGGACAUGUGCGACAACCUGCAGGAGAUGCUGGGGGAGCUCUUUAUUCCUAUAGAGACACCUGAGGCCCAGAACAGAGGCUUCCUCAAGGGCUUCUUUGGAGGCAGCGCGCAGACCUUCGACAGAGAGGAGCUCUUUGGCGAGGCGGCGGCAGGCAAGGCGUCGGGCAGCCUGGCGAAGCACAUCCCAGGGCAGGGGGGCAUGGAGGGCAUGAAGGUGGCGGCCAGCGGGGUGGUCGGGGACCUGGCGCGCGCCCGCAUCGCUCUGGACGAGAGGGGCCAGCGGCUGGGCGAGCUGGAAGAUCGGACCGCUCUAAUGAUGACCAGCGCAGAGUGCUUCUCCAAAAACGCCCACGCGCUGAUGCUGAGGUGUAAGGACAAGAAGUGGUACCAGUGGUAGAAAGGCUCAGCGGUGGAGCGCAUUCUCCCCUUCCACCAGGAGGGGGUGCUGUGGCUGUUGCUGUUCUGGAUCUUAAGUCUUCUAUGGAGAGAGGGAUGAAGAGAGGAGGAGGUGAACAGAUGGAAGAGAGGAGAGAGAGGGAGAGGGACAUAGGGGAUGGAUGGACACAGACUACCUUUGUGUUUGUCUCUGGUCUCUUGUACAGAAGACGUGGUCAGACCGCGCUGAGACGCGGACAUGUACCAUUUGUGUUAUUGAGGGAGGGGACGAUCCCCUCUCUGUUGGUGUGGAACAAACCAUCUGUGUAUGUUUUGUUGGGGGGAGGGGGGUUAGGCUCUUCUUACUGGAGGCAUAUGGGGAAUAGGCAGUGUAGAUAUUCAGAACGCUAAAACACCACCCAAACUGCAUGAACACAAACAUGGAUGACCUAUUUACAAAGAGAAAGAAAAAAAGACAUCAAACUGCCAGAUUAAAAAGCAGCAUGUUACUUUAAACAAAGUGAAAUUGAAAGAGAAGCCUU